AUGUCUAAAGAGCUCGUUUUGCGUCUUAAUAACAGAAAUUACGCAAACUGGCUGAAAGCAGGACAGUGUCUGUAUAUCCUGACGGAAGCCCUUUGUCCCUUCACCGAUGAGAAGAUGCAAAAUUUUCACCAAUAUUUGCUACGUGACAUGCUUCACCUCCGUGAACCAUGUCAGGGAAGAUGUCACCAUGAGGACAUUAAGCAUUCCAGGGCAUGUAACUGGUGUUUACAUUGGAAGUCAGUGAUUCUCAGCCACCACAGACAACCCAAUUCCAUGCUAAAUUGGGAGAACUGUACCCCUGCUGCGUGGAGAACAAACCACUGGGAGCUGGCUAAGGCAUACAUGCCACGAGGACAGGCACACGUGAGAACGGCCGAUCAGUGUGAUCCUUCUGCUCUUCUCAACCUCAUCAACUUCUGUGACUGUUUUGCCAUUGUAAAUGUACAUUCUUCUUUAGUCAGAGAGCUGAUUAGAUGCAGGAAUGCAUUGAUGCAUUCUGCUGACAUGCAUGUGACGGACGAGUGGAUGAAAAAAUUCAAGGUUACACUGACACGUUUUGUCCAGCUUUUCGACCACGUACCCAGCAUGGCAGGAACUGAACAAAAACUUACUCAGAUGCUGGCAGUUGAUUUGUCAAUUUGUGCAAUUGACGUCGUAGAUGAUCCCGAAAUGGAAUUAGCUACAGAUUCUGUGACGUACAAUGUAAUGCCUGAAAAAAUCUUCCAAUGGGAGGCUGAUUUACUGCAAGAGAGGCUGCAGGAGUUGAAACAUAUGGCUGAAGAUGAAACAAUGGAUACCAACCAGCUCAAGAUGCUGGAAUGUUUCCUGCAGCAAAACAAAGAUCUGAGCGAGAAGUUUUCAGGACAGCUGCAGGCCAUCAGCAUGUUGGUGGCUGAACAAAGAAAAACUUAA